AUGACAACCAACACUUCACAUCAUACGUCACUGAGCCUAGACACCAAACACCCACCUCAAAAAGGUCACGAGCAGAAACGGCAUGAGCAGCAGCAGCGGCAGAACCACCACCACCACCACCACCACCACCAACAGCAGCAGCAGCAGGGUGGGCCGGUACGACUGAUGCCGGUGGAGUUUGAGUGCGCCAACUGCGGCAAGCGAGCCUACAAUAUGAAGUCUUGUACCAGAUGUUGGUGGGCCAAAUACUGUAACCGCGAGUGCCAGGGAAGCCACUGGGGCCUUCAUAAAAGGGAAUGUCAGAAAGAUGUCACCAGGUCACAGUAUUAUAAAG